UAUUAUUGCAAGUAUAUGUCUAAAAAAAUGUAAAAUUUGAUUUAGGCUUCUUUGGGAUUACCUCUCAAUUGGAACCAGUGACAGUACCAUCUUACUUAGAAAUUCAGAAACAGUGAGAAAAGCAAAUAGUGAUACGGAUUUUUUAGUCCCUUUCUUUUCACGUAAUUUGCAUGUCUAUUUUUUAAAUUGACCUCGACAUUUAAGUGGGAAGAAGCUCAUUUCAUUUUUACAGUAUGGAACAAAACACGGGUGAGCCGAAACAAGCUCCGGAAUUACCAGCUAUUCCACAGGGCGGAUUCGAUGAAAAUUCUCAGUCAUCACAGUUUGGUUCGUAUUUGAAUCACCCUUCAUACGCCUUAGGAAAUAGGUUCUAUAACAACCCAGGGUAUAUGGGGUUAAACUAUGGAAAUUAUAAUGGUUUCAAUCCUUUUUUUACUUCCUAUAACGGAACCUCUCCUUUAGAAUCUAAAGGAUCUGCUACUGAACCCAUUUCCGCUUUGAGAACUAUAGAAGGAAUCAUCAGUUCCGUUGGUAGUAUUGCUCAAGUAAUGGAAUCCGCUUUGAUGGCAGCCCAUAUGAGUUAUAAUACUUUUGUUUCAGUAAUGGACAAUUUUCAAAUGUUAAGACUGUCGAUUGGAUCUUUAUUCGAUAUCGUUUCUCUAGUAAAGCGACUAAAGCUAUUCAUCAGUAAUAUUCUGGGAGUGCAAUCGAACAAUCCACUAACAAAGGAUGAAUAUGAUUCAUAUCAUAUUGAAGAAUCCAAGCCCUCCUCUAAAAAGUCUAAGGUUCUUUCUGGUCUUUUGUUUACUUCUCUCUUUGUUUUCCCUUAUGCACUUAUAAAAAUAUUCAAAAAGAUUUACGAUAAGGAGAAAAUUAUUGCAAAAGAAAAAAAGUCAAAGUCUAUUCAAGAACUAGAGUUCUGUAAAGCAGAAUUUGAUUUUGCAUCAAGAGAACCAACCGUGGAACUAGCUCUAAGGAAAGGAGAUAUCAUUGCUAUUCUAAGUAAAUAUGAUUCUACUGGAGCGAAAAGUGAUUGGUGGUAUGGAAGAAAACGUAAUGGAGAAAAAGGAUGGUUCCCUUCAAAUUAUUGCACCCUUAUCCCCAUGAAGGAGCAACUAGAAAAAAUUGGUACUCAAUUAAAACCGAAAUAAUGAAACUAUAAUUACGAACAAAACCAAUACGCAUUAUGAACAAAAUACUCAACCCUACGCUUGUUAGUGUAAUUUAGUAUAAGUUAUUCCAGC